CCUGCAGCGAGUCAACGAACGACUACCGAGUGAGAGAAAAGGGAAACUCCUGUCUGUGUGUCUGUCUCACUGAACGAAAACAAACGUGUUGGACUGAAUGCGCACGCUGUUGAAAUAAACGACGCAAACAAUGUGUGAGGGAAUUAUCACCAGAAUUACUCUUCUUCUGCUCAUCAUCUGCUCGGUAUGUUUUUACAUGUCAUAUAAUAUAUCAACAAAGUGCUGGAUUUUUGAUUUAUAUACAUUUAUGUAACUUUGUCAUCACUUUGCAUUUGAUGCAAUAAUAGCCUAUUCUUUCUCUCAUUGUUAUAUGAUUUGUAUUGUCUUCACUGAUAUGUAUUAUUUAGUUAUGUAAAAUUAAAAUUUUAAGUACAACUUUUGGGAACGCAUUGUGCAGUUUUAGCGGCUGAAACAUCCCAUGGGGGUGUGGUCUCACCAUGGGGGUUUGGUCUCAGUGCAGUUCUGUAAAGUAGCCUACAGCAGCUCCUUAAAGUAGCCUAUAGCAGCUCCUUAAAGUAGCCUACAGAAGCUCCUUAAAGUAGCCUAUAGCAGCUCCUUAAAGUAGCCUACAGCAGCUCCUUAAAGUAGCCUACAGCAGCUCCUUAAAGUAGCCUACAGCAACUCCUUAAAGUAGCCUACAGCAGUUCUGUAAAGUAGCCUACAGCAACUCUAUAAAGUAGCCUACAGCAGCUCCUUAAAGUAGCCUACAGCAACUCUAUAAAGUAGCCUACAGCAGCUCCUUAAAGUAGCCUACAGCAGUUCUGUAAAGUUGCCUACAGCAGCUCCUUAAAGUAGCCUACAGCAGCUCUGUAAAGUAGCCUACAGCAGCUCCUUAAAGUAGCCUACAGCAGCUCUGUAAAGUAGCCUACAGCAGAUCCUUAAAGUAGCCUACAGCAGAUCCUUAAAGUAGCCUACAGCAGCUCCUUAAAGUAGCCUACAGCAGCUCCUUAAAGUAGCCUACAGCAGCUCCUUAAAGUUGCCUACAGCAGCUCCUUAAAGUAGCCUACAGCAGUUCUGUAAAGUAGCCUACAGCAGUUCUGUAAAGUAGCCUACAGCAACUCUAUAAAGUAGCCUACAGCAGCUCCUUAAAGUAGCCUACAGCAGCUCUUUAAAGUUGCCUACAGCAGCUCCUUAAAGGAGCCUACAGCAGCUCCUUAAAGUAGCCUACAGCAGAUCCUUAAAGUAGCCUACAGCAGCUCCUUAAAGUUGCCUACAGCAGCUCCUUAAAGUAGCCUACAGCAGCUCCUUAAAGCAGCCUACAGCAGCACCUUAAAGCAGCCUACACAGCACCUUAAAGCAGCCUACAGCAGUUCUGUCAAGUAGCCUACAGCAGCUCUGUAAAGUAGCCUACAGCAGCUCCUUAAAGCAGCCUACAGCAGUUCUGUCAAGUAGCCUACAGCAGCUCCUUAAAGUAGCCUACAGCAGCUCCUUAAAGUAGCCUACAGCAGCUCCUUAAAGUAGCCUACAGCAGCUCCUUAAAGUAGCCUACAGCAGCUCCUUAAAGUAGCCUACAGCAGCUCCUUAAAGUAGCCUACAGCAGCUCCUUAAAGCAGCCUACAGCAGUUCUGUCAAGUAGCCUACAGCAGCUCCUUAAAGUAGCCUACAGCAGCUCCUUAAAGUAGCCUACAGCAGCUCCUUAAAGUAGCCUACAGCAGCUCCUUAAAGUAGCCUACAGCAGCUCCUUAAAGUAGCCUACAGCAGCUCCUUAAAGUAGCCUACAGCAGCUCCUUAAAGUAGCCUACAGCAGCUCCUUAAAGUAGCCUACAGCAGCUCCUUAAAGUAGCCUACAGCAGCUCCUUAAAGUAGCCUACAGCAGCUCCUUAAAGUAGCCUACAGCAGCUCCUUAAAGUAGCCUACAGCAGCUCUGUAAAGUAGCCUACAGCAGCGCUGUAAACAAUCAUAGGUGAUGACAAAGUAGUGUUGUUUUAAUUGGGUGUCACUGUUACUAGAAUUAUUGGAUUCAAAUGGGCUAUGUUCUUGGGUGUGUCUUACUCGUUGCUACUUAAACGAUGAUGUGAGUACAGAGAUGCAGAAACAAAUAGUAGUUAUAGGCUCCUAGUUGGACGUAGAGCCCACAAUUUAGUGCCAAAUUGUUAAUGACCGAGUUAAUCCAGGUUAUGUUAAUCCUUUAUCGCUCAAAUGUUUUAAACAUCUGUUCUUAGAAUAAAACAUGUCGAUUUGACAGCAUUUGAGUAGCCUGUAUUGAUUUCCUCUUCCAUCCUUAAGUCUCUUUUAUAUAUUUUUUAUAUUUGUACAAAGGUAAUGCUGUAUGUAAUACCAGUGUCUGUCACUCUCCAUAGAAACUCUCUCCAUAGAAAAGUCUACUAGAAUUGAUUUGCCUACAUCGAGUCAAGUGUCUCCAUCUUGUGGCAGUAAAAUGUAUUACAAGUGAGGUGUUACAAAACGCGAAGAAGCCACAAACGACAUUCUCUGCUUCUUUGACACACAGUAUAGACCACAGGAGGUUGGUGGCACCUUAAUUGGGGAGGACGGGCUCGUGGUAAUGGCUGGAGCGGAAUGGGUGGAAUGGUAUCAAAUACAUCAAACACAUGGUUUCCAUGGUUUCCAGGUGUUUGAUGCCAUUCCAUUUGCGCAGUUCCGUCCAUCAUUAUGAGCCGUCCUCCCUUCAGCAGCCUCCACUGGUGUAGACUUACCUCAUUGCUUUAGUGGAUCUAAAAAAUCUUCCCUGGAGACAAAUCCUGAUAUCAGACAUUUUAUCCACACUAUCAUAUACAUUUUCUUUAGCUUUUCUGACUUUUUUUGUUUUUCUUCUGUCUAUAGACAAUGGCCCAGGACUGUUCUGAUCCCUGUGACUGCCCGUCGGACCCCUCUCCAUGCCCGUUUGGUACCAGCCUGGUUCUGGACGGCUGUGGAUGCUGUAAGGUGUGCGCCAGGCAGGCCGGCGAGCCCUGUACCCACCUGGAGCCGUGUGACCACCACAAGGAGCUGUACUGUGACUAUGCAGUGCUGAGUGACACCGAGCACGGCAUCUGCAUGGGUGAGUUGAAUUCUCCGGUUAACUAUUAAAGAAAGGGGUAGGAAGUUUUAAGAUAUCUAUUGAGACUGUGAUCACUUCUUCGCUAUCCUAUUGCACAGAUUGCUACAUAUUUAAUAAUAUAAUAUAAUAAUCAUAUUUGUGUAGACUUUGCUACGGCUUUGGUUUUCAUUAUCCAAACUGGGCUAAGCAAUUUCCAAUAGGUAUUUACUUGAAAAAGGAGUGAGUUUGAACAAUAUAAUGUAACGCCUUUGAAAUAUGAAAUCUAAAAUUGGCGUCUCCUCCUCUAUGUUUCAGCCCAGGAAGGCCAGACGUGUGACCUGGGAGGGGUCAUCUACCGCAGUGGAGAGACGUUCCAGCCCAGCUGCAAGCACCAGUGUGUUUGUAUGAACGGAGAGAUCGGCUGCGUGCCAACCUGUGCCAACGACGUGCUGCUGGCCUCCCCAGACUGCCCGUACCCACACCGCAUCCAGAUCCCUGGGAAGUGCUGUGAGGAGUGGGUGUGUGACCAGAGCCCUCAGGACAACCCCUAUCAGUCAGCCAUGGCUGGUGAGUCUAACCUCCUACAAACUGGAACUCUUCCUGUUUCUCUCUCUCUGUCUGGGUUUCUCUCUCUCUGUCACUCUCUUUCACUUUCUCUCUCUCUCUUUUAAAGCUGAGCUUCCAUAUUUUUCUCCUCCACAAUGCUGUCCCACUCUCUCUCUCUCUCUCUCUCUCUCUCUCUCUCCUCUCUCUUCGCUCUCCGCUCUCGAUCUCGCUCUAGCUCUAGCUUCCUCUCGCUCGACUCGCUAUCUCGUCUCGCCUCGCUCUCGCUCUCCAAUCUUCGCUGACUCAUCGCGCUGACUAACUCGUUCUAUCUCUCUACUAUCCUCUCUCUCUCCUCUCUCUCUCUCUACCUCUCUCUCUCUCUCUAUCUCUCUCUCUCUCUCUCUCUCUCUCUCUCUCUCUCUCUCUCUCUCUCUUUACCAAAGUUCAAACUAACCACCUCUCCCUCUCCUCCUCCCCUCUUUUUCAUCACUGUUCACCUUUCCCUCUCCCCUCCUCUACUCUCAGGAUCUCAAAUUCACCCCUUGGUCUCCUCUUCCCCUCUGUCAGUCUACAGAGAGGUGUCAGCCCACGGGCCGGUCCCGGCGGAGAGCCCCAGGGAGAACUGCAUCGUCCAGACCACCAAAUGGGACGAGUGCUCGGCCACCUGCGGCAUGGGCGUGUCGUCCCGCGUCACCAACGACAACGAGCGGUGCCAGCUGGAGAGGCAGACCCGUGUCUGUAUGACCCGGCCCUGCCACGUGGAGCAAGAGAAGGACAUCAAGGUGGGUCCAGGGCCUAAGACAAUGAUAUAAGAUAACAAUAUAUAGAGGAACGUAUUAUAUAGUGUAACAACAUAUAGAGGAACGUAUUAUAUAGUGUAUUACAUAUAGAGGAACGUAUUUUAUAGUAUAACAUUAUAUAGAGGAACGUAUUAUAUAGUGUAUUACAUAUAGAGGAACGUAUUAUAUAGUGUAUUAUAUAUAGAGGAACGUAUUUUAUAGUAUAACAAUAUAUAGAGGAACGUAUUAUAUAGUGUAUUACAUAUAGAGGAACGUAUUAUAUAGUGUAUUACAUAUAGAGGAACGUAUUAUAUAGUAUAACAACAUAUAGAGGAACGUAUUAUAUAGUGUAUUACAUAUAGAGGAACGUAUUAUAUAGUGUAUUACAUAUAGAGGAACGUAUUAUAUAGUGUAUUACAUAUAGAGGAACGUAUUAUAUAGUAUAACAACAUAUAGAGGAACGUAUUAUAUAGUGUAUUACAUAUAGAGGAACGUAUUAUAUAGUAUAACAACAUAUAGAGGAACGUAUUAUAUAGUAUAACAACAUAUAGAGGAACGUAUUAUAUAGUGUAUUACAUAUAGAGGAACGUAUUAUAUAGUAUAACAACAUAUAGAGGAACGUAUUAUAUAGUGUAACAACAUAUAGAGGAACGUAUUAUAUAGUGUAACAACAUAUAGAGGAACGUAUUAUAUAGUAUAACAACAUAUAGAGGAACGUAUUAUAUAGUGUAUUACAUAUAGAGGAACGUAUUAUAUAGUGUAUUACAUAUAGAGGAACGUAUUAUAUAGUAUAACAACAUAUAGAGGAACGUAUUAUAUAGUGUAUUACAUAUAGAGGAACGUAUUAUAUAGUAUAACAACAUAUAGAGGAACGUAUUAUAUAGUGUAUUACAUAUAGAGGAACGUAUUAUAUAGUGUAUUACAUAUAGAGGAACGUAUUAUAUAGUGUAUUACAUAUAGAGGAACGUAUUAUAUAGUGUAUUACAUAUAGAGGAACGUAUUAUAUAGUAUAACAACAUAUAGAGGAACGUAUUAUAUAGUGUAUUACAUAUAGAGGAACGUAUUAUAUAGUGUAUUACAUAUAGAGGAACGUAUUAUAUAGUAUAACAACAUAUAGAGGAACGUAUUAUAUAGUGUAUUACAUAUAGAGGAACGUAUUAUAUAGUGUAUUACAUAUAUAGGAACAUAUUAUAUAGUGUAUUACAUAUAGAGGAACAUAUUAUAUAGUGUAUUACAUAUAGAGGAACGUAUUAUAUAGUGUACUACAUAGCAUAUUACAUAAGCAUGACAUAGAAUUACAUAACAUGACAUCACAUGGCAUUUCUCAGCACAUUUAAAAGGUGACAACUGGCUUUCAUCACCAAUGUAAGUAAGCCAUGCAUAAUGCUGUACAGGAACACAUCAUGUCUUUGCCUCCUUAUCGUUCGCUCAAGGUUAAAGGUUAAAGGUUAAAGGUUAAAGCCAAUCUGCCCUAAACCUGAUAGACAAUGUAGAGCAAGUUAUUCUCAUCCUGAACUAACCACCAUUUAUCUCCGUUCCACAGAGGGGGAAGAAGUGUGUACGGACCCCCAAGUCCCAGCGGGGCAUGCGCUUCGAGCUGUCAGGCUGCAGCAGUGGCAGGAUGUACAAGCCCAAGUUCUGUGGCGUGUGUACGGACGGCCGCUGCUGCAGCCCGCACACCACCAUCACCGCCGAGGUGGAGUUCCGCUGCCCCGAGGGAGACACCUUCAGGCGCAAGAUGAUGUUCAUCAAGACGUGCUCCUGCCACCACGACUGUCCACGAGACAACGACAUCUUCCUGUACUCGCACACGCGCAGAAUGAUCGGGGACUAUGACAACGAUAUGUAACCGACGUGGCUGCCAUAUACGCACUGCACAGAUAACGUGACGUAUACACACACACACACACACACACACACACACACACACACACACACACACAC